UUUAGUAUAAAAUGAAUUAAUGAGAUAGGUCAACCAUCAGUUGAAACAAGACAACCAAACAUGAAGGUCUUUAUUGUUCUUGCUCUGGCCGCUGCAGCAGCAGCUGACAAUGCUCCCAGAUACGGAUAUGCACCUGCACCAGCUUAUGGUCAUGCUGCUCCUGUCUAUGCUGAUGAGACACCAGUCUAUGCCUUCAACUAUGGUGUAGCUGAUGAUUACUCUGGAGCUACCUUCAACCAUGGUGAGAACAGGGAUGGAUAUGCCACCUCUGGAUCCUACUCUGUUGCUCUUCCUGAUGGCAGAAUCCAGACUGUCAACUACAAGGUUGACGAUGCUUACAGUGGAUAUGUUGCUGAUGUUACCUAUUCUGGAGAGGCCAAGUAUGUUUCUGCUCCUGCUCCUUACAAGGCUACUCCUGUCUACAAGGCUGCUCCUGUCUACGCCCCUGCUCCUGCAUACGCUCCUGCCCCUGCCUACAACCCUGCCCCUGUCUACCAUGGCUAAGCUAUCAUUAACGUAUUUCUUUUUAUUUAUCUAUUAAUGGAAUAAAACAUAAAACCUCUUA